CAAGUAGUUGGGUCUAGGCGCAUGAUUAUAAUAGAGUGAAAUGCAACAUGGGAGUCACAUGCGUAUGUCAGGUUCCGCUAGCCGAAGGGAAGAGUGUGCAACAGACUGUGGAACUUCUGACUCAUAAACUUGAGCAAAUGGGAGCAGAGAAGCAAGGAACAUUCUUUGUGGACUGUGAGACAUAUCACACCGCCAGUAUCGGAAGCACAGGUCAGACCGGGAAGCUUCUGUAUGUCAUGCACAAUUCGGAAUAUCCCCUCAGUACCUUUGCUUUGUUUGAAAACGGUCCGUGCUUGGUUGCUGACCUGAACCUUGAUGUGCUGAUGGUAAAGCUGAAGGGAUUCUUUCAGAAUGCUAAAGCUAAUAAAAUGGAAACAAGGGGCACACGAUACCAGUACUGUGAUUUCCUGGUGAAGAUUGGCACAGUGACUGUGGGACAGAGUGGCCGAGGCAUUUCUGUUGAGGUGGAUUACUGCCCAUGUGCCGUGCCAGGUGAUUGUUGGAAUCUAAUGGUGGAAUUCAUACAGAGUUUCAUGGGCAGCCAUGGUCUAUCUGUUCCUCCUGUAUUCAAUGCCAAACAUGACGUACUCUACUCACCAGCGGACACCAUGACACAGUAUAUGGAACUUCUUAACAAGAUACGCAAACAACAGCAAGUCACAGUGGCUGCUAUGCGGUGAUUUAGAUCAGGCGUGCAUCUCUCAGAUGUACAGGUUAACAUUAUGCUCCACCAUAAUUUCUGCACAACUGACUAUUACUUUAACUCACUUCUGCCUGCAUAACAUUUGCACAGUGGCAAGUGACCAUAAAAUGGAGGCAGUUUAUUUAGCAAUAAGCUAUAUUGAAAGAUGUCCUCUAAAAUACUCUAUUAAGCCCUUUAUUAUUCAGACUGGGUAGGAAACUACUGUGCUGAGCAAUAAUGUACACUUUUGUUGCCACAGGACAGAUGGGUGAGAAAUAAAAUUCAAACUGUACUCUGGGAAAUAAUCAUAGGUGAUAUGACAUUAAUACUUGUGUUAUGUUUACAAAUAAAAAAAUAAAAAUGUCUCGCA